AUGUCCCGAAAUGGCAGCGCAAAGAAUCUGGUCCCGCGCAAGGGGCCACACUGGUCACACCUCCGGCAAUUCAGCAGGUCGAGCCUAGAGCGCAUUCCCACCGAGUCCCCCGCCUCGCUCGCCAGUGCCUCGACCCAUUCGACCGUCAAGGAGGAGAAGCGGGCCAAGAUAGAGCGCCGGUGCACGGUCGCCGUGAAUGAGGGGUACUCGAAAGAUGAGGUUUUACUCAACCUGGACCUCGUGGGCGGCGAUGUGAAACCGGGGGCGCUGAUGUGUAUAAUGGCCGUGAAAGAAGACUCUAGGAAACCAUCAACUGGUCAUGGCUCCAGCACCAAGCAGGGCCAAGACCAUAACAGUGGCUCCAAGGGCGCAUCAAUGGCUCAGGGUAACGGUGAUGGCGCCGGCAAUAGCUAUGUAUUUGUCGUGAAGGAUAUGCCCCAGGAAAUGAAGACGCGACAACCCGACGUAGAAGUGUACGUCGUGAAGCACAUUGCAGAUGCCUUCGGGAUGAAGAAGGGUUCGCAAGUUCUCCUAACCAUGGUGGACAAGAAAAACCCAGCACGAAAAGCUUCCCAUGUUGAGCUUACAUUCAAGGACCAAUACUUGUCGAGAUCCGACAUAUGGCGGAUGACAGUUGGGGAGUUGACGGAAAGGACUGUCUACAAGGGCCAAUCCCUCUUGUUUAUGGGCACUAUCAAAGCCCAGAUCACUGCGGUCUAUGCCGAUGGGCUGAGAGUGCAUUCAUCGUUCUUUGCCCGUGACACACGACCCAUCUUCCGGAGCGAGUCGGCCAGAUAUGUUCUCUUUAUUCAAAUGGCUCGCGAAAUGUGGGAGUUCGACUCGGAAAGCUCUGGUGAAAUUAUGUUCAACAAAGUCGUCAAUGGAUUCCUUCCGGCCCUAUUUAAGAGGUGGGCCAUGUUGAAAGCAAAGCAUCUGGUCAGCAUCGUGCUCUUCGCGCGAGUGGAAUACGAUACAGGGUUGAGCGCUGAGUUUGACACCUUGGAAGGAGAUUACUACACCGGCAUCUCACCCUCGGGACUUCGCCGGCCGUACAAGGACUUCUACCGAGUUGUCGUGAGCGAAAUGAGCAGUGGCGAGUGGACAAGAAUUUUGCAUCAGCUUAAAAAGGAGUUCAACUUCUUCCGCAGAGAUAUCAGCCUUGAUCAUCACAAGGUGUUCGCUCAGUCCCAGCAAGGUGGAGGCAGUCAGAUCCCCAAGGACACUCCCACAAACCGAGUCAAGGCGGAAUCUACCAUUUCCAUGUAUGGUAAUGUCCUAGAGGCCAUCAACCUAGCCUCCUCGCAAUUCGCCCACGACCACAUCGACAGAGAUCUAACAAGGACCGGCAUUUCUAUCGCCGUCAUCAGCCCUGGAUCAGGUGUCUUCGAAGUCGACUACGAAACCCUGAGAAGGACAACUGAGGCUUUGGUAGGAAAUGGUAUUGGAAUUGAUCUGAUAUGCAUGCCCAAGAUGCCACUACACUCAGUUCCUCUUUUCAAGUACCGCAACCCCCAAUACUCGGAGGAACGCGGUCAUCCGCAUACUCCCCACCAUUCCGGCCUGUCGAGGUCGUUCCAGAGCCGCGACAGCACGCCAAACCACCCCACCCCCAUCGUCGGCAGCUAUCAGUCAAUGGCGGAGUCAUUCUCGCCCUCCAAGGGAAACAGUUUGACUCGUCGGAUGGACCCCCUGACAUCCAUGGCGAGAGGUGAUGAGUGGUGUUACGCGCUCCCACAGUGGCUUCACGUUUCGUACUGGACUGGGGCUUCUGACGAAGCCCUUUCCUACCAAGGCAUUGCCUUGUCCGUGUCCAACAAGGUUGAGCAGGAUGACGAAAACGACUUCAAUAUUCGAUGUCGAAUGUACGAUUUGCAAAUGAGGAGUCUCCUGGAGACGAAUGAGAUCGAAACAACCCCUCUCCAAGCAGAUACGCAAUUCCCUUCCAACAUCACUGAGCAGCCCCCUUCGCAGAAACAGCGCCAGACUGGAAUCAACGAUGUUGUAUAUAUCCCUAAUCGUCGUGCUCCUGAGGCUCUGUUUGAUUAUGUGUACGGGUUCGCGAGAUUUGUGCCUGACAGAUUAGCAAGACCCGGUGAAAAGUCUGUAUGGAAACAAUUGCAGGAAUUCGAUGACCAGAAAGCUCGUGUUUCUAACAGCCGCCGCCAUCGUCACUCUUCACGGCAUGCCAGGGAUCUGGAUGACAUGACUCGGAGGCAGCUGGCCGAGGAAUCAGGUCUCUAUGGGACUUCGCUUCCUGAGAGGAGAGCAUCCCUGAUAGGGUCAACCUCGAGAAAAAUGUCCAUGAAUAUGGCUGAGGUGGACAGGCCGCUUGUCAUCAACAUCAAGAAGACGCCAGAACCAACUCCCAAGCCCCCAAAGCCUACGACGACGGCAAAGCAGCCGAAACUGAUGAGACAAAUCAGCCUUGGACAGCGUGGUUUUGGUAUCGCCGCACCAAAGGCAGUAGUAGCGGAAAUCAAGGCGGAGACUGUAAAUGCCUCCGGCGUUUCAUCCGCACUCCAGCGAAUGCCGUCCACUCCACGGAUGCGUCCAGAACUUCGCCCGAGUUCUCCGCAAACGAUCACAAGCCAGUCGUCCGCUUUGUCCGCACGCAAGUACCGACUAGAUGCUCCCGAUACUAUCAUCGAAGGAAUCCCAACGACACCAAGCAUCCCUAUCCUGAAGAGGAACAACUCGAACCUCGAAAUCGCCAAUCAAUUGAGGACUGCAUCGAUCGCCCCAUCCCCAUUCAGUGUCCAUCAUGAAAAACCCCAGGAAGAUCGAGACUUACGAUACUCGAAUGCACUCCGAGCCGAGGAUGCCCAAAAGGUGUACACCAAUAAGUUGCGUGCCGGCGUGGUGCCUGAGCUUCCCGCAACACUGUCUCCUACGACAGCCAUCACUCCGUGGCUGACGUUGUUGAAUCCUUCGAAUCCCGAUAAUCAUAUGAUCGAUGACACCAUUCUAUACAGUAGAUGGCAGCAUGUCUUCCCUCAAACCUCACAAAUGAAGGUUCAGAAGUGGAAGGCGCUAUGUUGUCCUGCAUCUGUGCCGUUGACAACUGAGUAUUUCCCAUCAAAGACUCAGUUUGAUACGGAAUACCAGAGGCACCCUUACAACAUCGACCAAAACGGGGAUGAUGAAUUAGCCGAGGAGCCCAAGACGCGCCAGCAGUUUAUUCAAGAGCUCAUUAGUCUACGGUUCUCGCAAGGAUUCCAGGUCGUUGUUGGCCCCGCUGUGGCAAAGGCCUUUGGUCAGAAACUCAUCAAAGUUGGUGACAUCUUCUCUCGCAACCAGCCUCUAGAAGACGGCACCAGCAUCUUCAUGUCAGUCGGCAAUACGAUCCACCAGCUUUCGUGUGUAAAUGGCACAGAGGUCGAGGUGAACAUCUUUAUGCGGAAGCCUACAGAUACCUCAUUCACCCCCCAAAGCUUCUCCCCAAUCUACAAGCCUGCCAUUCGAACACUGUUUGAUGACUCCUAUGAGACGCGAGAAAUCGAUAUGCUCACCGCCCGGCCGGAUCGCAACUGGAACGCCAUCGAUUCGUACAUAGCGGGCCAUCAUGACCAGAUGAUGGAAAGCUUGAGGUUUUGGCGAGCGCGAUUUGUGCUAAUCCCUGUGGUGUCAAAGACUUCAGGGUUGCCGAAGACCCAGAGCGGAGAUAAUGCCGAGGAGGUUCGGAUCGAGGGAAUCAAGCGUCUGGCCCAAUCUUGGCAGAAAAAUCGCUAUAUUCCUCCUUCUGAACGACGGUAUCAUUCUGUGGGCCAUCGCCAACUACGGGACCCUAAUCCAUUGGAUAUUGUGUACAAGACUGAAGACCCAUCCGUGGUCAUCGCCGCCGAGGUCGAAACAUUGCCGCUCGUCGAAGGCCUUGAAGGGGUUACUCGCAAGGGUCAGCUUGUGUUGAGCAAGGAGCGUUUCAAGAAGGCCAACCUGAACCUGGCAACGCUCGCCGACGCGAUGCAACAACCCGUCGAGAAUGGAGGUGUGCGGUUGCAGAACCGACGCUGGCAUCUCCGACUGCAUUACGCUUGCUUCAUCGGAUCCGAUAUGACAACCUGGUUGCUGGAUAAUUUUGAGGAUCUUGAGACCCGUGAAGACGCGGAAGAUUUUGGUAACGCCCUAAUGGUGUCUGACGAGAACAAAGAUAAGGAGAAGGAGAAAGGACUGUUUGUUCACGUUGAAAAGAGGCACCAGUUCCGCGACGGCAACUACUUCUACCAGGUUGCCAAUGAGUUCGCAAAGCCACACUCUGGCUGGUUCAACUCACGACGUGCUGCUGGUGUCCCGCCCACGCCGAUCCUCGAGCCAACGAGCCGAGAUUCGCCGCGGAGUCUCAUCGCACGCCCUACUUCGAUCAAUGAAGAGAACUCGCCCGCCUCAACGUCAACGACUCCCACCAUGAUGCUGUCUCACAACGCCAAGCGCCCGAGAGUGGUGCUGAGCAAGGUCAUCAAGUAUGACGUGGAUCACCGCAAGCGGUCCUACCGGCCGGAACGGAUCGACUUGCACUACGACCGCCUACACAAUCCCGACAGCUGUUUCCACAUCAGAAUCGACUGGAUGAACAUCACGGCCAAGUUGGUCGAGGACGCUGUGGAGAUGUGGGCGCGCGAGGCGAGCCAGUACGGCCUCCGCCUCGUCGAGGUGCCCAUCAGGGAGGCCUGCGCCAUCACCGAGACGAACCCCUUCCGCAAACCAUUCUUGGUCAGGUUGGCCGCGAAGCCGCCCGAGAAGAAGCCCGAGACGUACUUGGACCCCAGCUCGCUCGGCCCGCAGACAUCGCCCAUCAAACACUUCUACCAGGUGGCCAUCCUCAAGCGCUUCGACUUUGUGCUCGACGUCGAAGCUGCGGGCAACUUCCCCAGCAACGUCGACGUCAGCUACUCUUGGGGCAAGCCCGACUUCAAAUACAGCCAAUACAUCCACCGCUCCGGGCUACUCCUCGCGCAGAUCACCGACGACGGGGACUUCCUGCUGUUGGCCAACCGCCUCUACACGAACCGGCCCAGCAACCCGCGCGACAAGGAGAUGCGCGCCGCCGCCGCCUCGGACCCGCCGCCGCUCAACGACCGCUCCGGUCGCAUGUCAUAUUCAUCCUACGGCAUCCCCGCCGACACCUCCUCCGGGCCGCUCCCGUCGCCUCUGCUCAAGCCCGCCCCCUAUUACUACCAGUCACCCGCCCUGAAGCCGAUCGACCAGCCCAGCAAGGCCACACCGCUCAUGUCGCCGAACCCAGAGUAUCUCAAGUCGGGCUUCGAGGAGUUCUGCGGAGACGCCUCUGGUCUUGAAGCCUUCUACCGCGAUGCCUUGGAGAAAGGCCAGGGCAUCCAGGGCACGCCUGCCACGGCCAUCGCGCCGAGCGUCCUCGAGGCUGUGCCUGAAGCGAGCAUCCCAAUGCUAGGCCUGCCACCGGGCGUGCUCGGCGGCAGUGAUAAUGGUCCUGCCAAGCGUCUCAACAGUCCCAUGUCCUUCUUGCGUAGGGGCAGCGUACAGUACGAUGGUGGGUCAAGUUUGAGCGGGCGUGGAUGA